AUGUUUGAUUUACUUCAAAAUGAAGAGUUUUAUUCAAAGUGUCAUCAAAUAGCAUCUAUUCUUAAACUAGUAAAAGAAUUAACAAAUAUUCUUGAAGCUCGCAAUACAGAUUUAGCAGAAUGUUUUAUUGGUUUAACAAGACUUGUGACUAAUAUGAAAAAUAAUCAAUUACAAGAACUUGCUUUAUUUUUAUUUUUAAUUGUUCCAUCCCAGGAAGUCUGUGAAAGAAAUUUCUCUACACUAAAAUGGCUUUUUGGAGAUAAGUAUAAAGAAUUGAGAGUUUAUAGUAAAGAUGCAAAUGAUAAAGAUUUAAAAGAAAAUUUAAAUAACUUUGUAAUUAUGCAGCCAACUGAAGAUUCAGAAAUCGAAGAUAAUAAUGAUAAUAAUUCACAACAAAUGUUGACUAAUAAUUUAAAUCUUAGUCAAAUCAUUGAUUUAACUUUACCUAAAUUUUUAUCAACUAAUAUUACUUUAUUUGAAUCUGCUAUUAAUAGAUUAUCUUCUCACAAAAAGGCUUAUAAUUUAGAAUGUAGAGAAUAUGAUCUGAUUUAG